GGAGGAGAAGGGGGGAGAGCAUGGGACCACAGGAACAAUCUCUGGAAGGUGAAUUGUGAUAAAGGGAAAAUGAUGACAGAGAUUGACGGCACCUUGGAGACAUCUGCUCCUUCCAGCGAGUGACACUUCUUGGGAGACGUGCUGUUGCUAAGCAAAGGGGGUCCGAGCCGAAGUUGUGGUUGUUGAUUUGUGAUCAGGAGUCGUCCCCUUAACUGCCGCCACCAUGAAGGGGGACUCCGAGGAGAGCAUCGAGAGCACCAAGCCCUCCAACCUGCAAGCCUUCGCAAACAUCUCCACCCUCCAUGGCAUGAGCCACAUCUUCGCCUACGGGCACAUGACGUUCCGCCGGUUCCUCUGGACGCUCUCCUUCCUGGGCUCGUUGAGCCUGCUGCUACUGGUGUGCAUGGACCGCGUGACGUACUACUUUGAGUACCCCCACAUCACCAAGCUGGACGAGGUGGCGGCGCCCAACCUCACCUUCCCCGCCGUCACCUUCUGCAACCUCAACGAGUUUCGCUUCUCGCAGAUCACCAAGAACGACCUCUACCACGUCGGCGAGCUGCUGUCGCUGCUCAACAGCAACUACCAGAUCGCCAACACGCACUUGGCGGAGCCCGAGGUGCUGGCCUCCCUCAAGGAUAAGGCCAACUUCCAGAACUUCAAGCCCAAGCUGUUCAACAUGACCGACUUCUACAACCGCACGGGGCACGACAUCAGCGACAUGCUCCUGCAGUGCACCUUCCGUGGCGAGGACUGCCAUCCGAGUAACUUCACCACGAUUUACACACGCUACGGAAAGUGUUACACCUUCAACUCCGGUCUGGACGGGAACCCGCUGUUGACCACGCUGAAGGGGGGCACGGGGAACGGCCUGGAGAUCAUGCUGGACAUCCAGCAGGACGAGUAUCUGCCCGUGUGGGGAGAAACAGACGAGACCUCGUACGAAGCGGGCAUCAAGGUCCAGAUCCACAGCCAGGACGAACCGCCCUUCAUCGACCAGCUGGGGUUUGGCGUUGCCCCUGGUUUUCAAACCUUUGUGUCAUGUCAACAGCAACUGCUGCAGUACCUGCCACCGCCUUGGGGCGACUGCAAGUCCACCCCCAUAGACUCCGAGUUCUUCUCCACGUACAGCAUCACGGCGUGCCGCAUCGACUGUGAGACGCGCUACCUGGUGGAGAACUGCAACUGCAGGAUGGUGCACAUGCCCGGUACCUCGACUGUUUGCACACCUGAGCAGUACAAAGACUGUGCUGACCCGGCGUUAGACUUUUUGGUAGAGAAAGACAACGAUUACUGUGUCUGUGAGACGCCCUGCAACAUGACGCGCUAUGGCAAGGAGCUCUCCAUGGUUAAGAUCCCCAGUAAGGCGUCCGCUAAGUAUCUGGCUAAGAAAUUCAACAAAACCGAGCAAUACAUCGGAGAAAACCUUUUAGUGCUGGACAUCUUCUUUGAAGCUCUGAACUAUGAGAAGAUCGAGCAGAAGAAAGCGUAUGAAAUCGCCGGGCUUCUCGGUGACAUCGGAGGACAAAUGGGGCUGUUUAUUGGAGCCAGCGUCUUGACAAUACUGGAAAUAUUCGACUACUUAUACGAGGUGUUCAAGGAUAAGGUCCUUGGUUUCUUCAUCCGCAAGAAGCGACCACGGCGAUGCCAGAGCGAUAAUCUGGAGUUUCCAGAGAACCCAACCAGCCCUGGUGUCACGCCUAAUCAUGCCCCCAGAGCACCUGUGACACCCUCCGGAGUCACUCGGACAGUCUCGGAUUCACGCCGAACAUGUUACCUCGUCACCCGACUCUAGGGAACUUCGAGGAGUUUGCUUGUUGACCCGGUGAUGGAGUCGCAGACCGGGACCAGA